AUGGCAGACGAAGAGACCCUCUCGCCGCCCAGACGAUCUGGUACCAGCGACCCUGGCGCCCACGAUCUAGCAAAUGCUUCCGACUCUGAGGACCACUUUUCCGAUGCGCAAUCUGCUCCCCUCAGUCCCGGAACGUCGCCGAUCCCUAAGACUCGCGUAGAAAAAGUCGACGACGAACCGUCAUACGGCGAGGUACCUGGAACAGAGGCCUACCGCUUGAGGGAGGGGGAUGCUGAGCCGGAUGAGAUUGCUAUUCAGGAGAAGAAGAGCGAUUCGUUGUCGUCUGAGGACGGCGCACCCAAGUCGCCUGUCAUCCCCAAGACUGUCGUCGAGGAGGCGCCGGGUUCAUCAGGUCCUCACUCAGAAGAGUUCCUAGAGAAGCGCAAGGCAGACGCCCCAGCCGACUUGGUUGUGAAGCCGGAAGGCAAGACCGAGGAGGGCGACAGUUCCGGUACGAUGUAG